AUGUUACGGGAUAUGAGAAAUGAAUGGUCCGAUUUUCAAUUAACCCAUGAUGUUAACCAUUCAUAUCAAAACCCUGCAUAUCAGAAUUGUGCAAGUGUAUCUCAAUACUCUCCACCAAUGCCAGCGGUGCCCUACUCUUAUUCUACAAAUAUUGAAAUGAAUGGUUAUAACCAUGCAGCUCCAAUAAAUCCGCAUAUGAAUGAUCCCUAUCUAUUUCAUCCAUAUAAUUAUCAACAAUAUCCAAUGGCUGCAGAUGUAAAUCCAGGGCAGCAGGAAGAUUUAUUGCAAUCGUUGCCAACAUUGAUACCAAAUCACAGCGUAACAGGAGAACCUACAAAUUUGAUUGAGGGACCCGAUAAUACAUUUAUGACAGAUGGCAAUGCUGUUCAGCCCAAAGUGAAGACCAAAGUGAAUCGAUACAAAACAGACAGCCGGACAUUUUCUGAUAAAAUACUACGGCCAGAGAGAGCCAGUGAUACGGUGAUAGUUUGCCGAUGGGAUCAUUGCGGGAGGAGAUUCACAAGCACAAAUGCAUUCUACAGACACGUUCAAAAACAUGUGAUCGUUGAGGGAGACUUGUAUAAAAUGUGUUUGUGGGAGGGAUGUAUGCUUCCGUUCAACACAAACUGUGAAAUUAUUAUUCAUGCUCGAUCUCACACCAACGAACGGCCGUUUGCAUGUGAUUGGCCUGGAUGCCUCAAAGCGUACUCUCGAAAAGAUAGAUUAAAAAUCCACAUGCGACUUCACACUGGAGAAAAACCAUACUCUUGCGAAACGUGUGGUAGAUCGUUUCAUGAUUCCUCAGACCGUUUCAAACACGAACAACGCGUGUGUUCUGGCAAAAAAAGAUUUCCUUGCGAAGCUCCAAAUUGCUCGAAAGUGUACAGUGACCCAUCAUCACGUAGGAAACACCAUCGAAUUUGUGAACCAUAUUCCUUAUAUACUAAAGGAGCCUUCAAAUGA